GUUGUAUAUCUAAUAUAACAACAUUUACAGUGUUCCAGUGCUUGUGUAUUGUAUGAGUUUAAAUUUCAUACACAAGAUCUUUGAUGAGUGUGAAUUUGAGUUAAAGCAUUGGCUUAUUCUUGAAGAAUUUGUUGCUUCUAGUGUUUGGGGCCGAAAGUGUUUUUGAAAUCCAUUUUUAUUGGCAAAUAUUAAUUGACAAGAUAAAGAUUCAAACUUUUUCGAAUGUUUAUUCUAUGGAUCUCAAAUGUUGAUGCACGUUAACUUAACUUUGAAUUGGUUUGUUAUAAAAUGAAAAUUAUAUUUGAGUUUUUGCAAGGCUGAUAAAUGGAAUAACAUUGUUAAUAAUUUGUAUGAAAAAAAAAAAAAAAAACUAAUUUAGAGGAUUUCUGAUAUUUAUAGAUAACAUCACGUGUUUAUUUAUAUUUCCGUUUCUAUUAUUUCAUCCGAGGUCAAGCAUAAUUUAGUAAACCUUGAAUCAUAAUGAUCGAUUUUUAUGGUAUAGUGUCUCUCAGAAUUGUGGAAAAUGGUGUAACAUUUUUACCCAAAAUUCCAUCUUAUAUAUAAGUUCUGUUAUUUGUUGCACCUGUCAGUCCAAUUUAGCUAUUUGGAGGUGAAAUAGCUUAAAAGUAAGUUAUUGUUUUGUGCCCAGAUGAGAAGAACUGAUGUUAUUGGCAGUGGAAGGAGGAGGGUUCUUUUCUUCUUCAGCUUCUGGAUACAGUAAGGGAUUGACCCUUCUUUUAUUGGGUCAGAGGAAAGAAGAGAAACCCAUGAGAGUAACGCCGUGGAAUCGGUACCAGUUGGUGGAACCAGAGAUUGAUCCUGAUUUCCAGCUGGCUACUGGGAAGAACUGGCCUGUCCACGGGUGCGCUUCCUUUGUAUGCUUUGGUCGUGCUACCGGUGGAGUCGAGAGCCCAUCUCAUCUGAAAGUUGGACCUACUCAGCAUGAAGAAGUCUCACAGGGAUGUCCUGUCGAUGACAAUGGUAAAGAUCAAGCACAUUUGGCUGAUCAUCUUGAUACUAGUAACAGAGGCAGUAUUAGUUUGAAGAGCAGUAUGAAGAAACCUACAAGUAGUUUUCCAGUUUCUGCUGCAAGUGGCAGCAGCUUUGGCAAUGGACAAGAAACUUUAUAUGAGAAGAAUAAUGAUGUUACGAGUCAAAUGGAGAGGAGGAAAGUGCAGUGGACAGAUACAUCUGGAGGAGAGCUCUUUGAGACCCGGGAAUUUGAGAUGAGUGAAGUUGAAUCAGACGAAGAAUUUGACCAUCGGAAUCAAAAGACUUGUGCGUGCAGGAUAAUGUAAUCAGGCUUCUUAUCAUACCAUAUGUCUGGUUGACUUCUAUAAAGAGACAAACAGGGAGGUGUUGCUUGAAAUGCAGGUGGUAAAAAGAUUGGCUAAUCUGUGCUUUGUUUGAAGUUGUAGAGCACAGAAGAAAUCUUUGGCGGGCGCUUAAGAUAAUUUCAGGGUAAAGAGUACAUCCUGCACUCUCCUAGACUGACUGAUCUGUUGAGUCUAUAGUCUUGCUUGAAUUACAAUUUUGAUGCAUUGAGCUUAAUUUUUUCCUUGAUUAUUAUUCUUAUAUGAACUCACAGGUGUCCAAUCUACAUUUUUCCGCAUUUUUUUGGGGUAAUUUUGAUUUUAAAUUUCCUCUUUCUUCUCUGAAGAGACGAAUGGAUUUAUAAUAUUUGUAUUUUGUAGAUGUUAAUAUGGAGUAGAAUUGUGACUGGGAUUCA